AUGACUAACACUGCUGUAUCAACAACUUCCCCCACCCCUCAAUCCACCGUGGAAACCGAGGCCAAAUCCAAGAGGAAAGCCUCCACUGCCGGUCUGCCCGCCAAUGCCCGCCCUGUAAAACGGAGGGCAUCCAAGGCGUGCUGCUGCUGCCGGGCUCGCAAAGUGCGGUGUGAUGUGGUCGAAAAUGGUUCGCCCUGCACGAAUUGCCGCUUGGACCAAGUAGAGUGCAUUGUCACUGAGAGCAAGAGGAGAAAGAAAUCACGUGUUGAGGUCGAUAAUGCAAACCCUCAUCAGCUGUCUCAAUCCCCUGCAGAAAUCCCCGAUGACGGGGCUAGUCUGUUCAGGCGACUUAGCGAGUGUCAUGGCCUUUCCGAUAUGGCCCCGGCUUCUCCCUCGCAGCGCUCUGUAGAUCUGGAUCAGGGGCAGCAUAUGCCACACCUGUUAUAUCAAAGCCAAGCGAACAGAAUUGGCUCCGGGGAUCGCUAUCGAAGAAGAAUGGCCCCGAAUCCCGCUGUCCCAGCGACGCUUCCUUUGCACCAUGUGACUUCGCAGAUUCAACAGCUGCUGGACCCUUCCUUUGCCAAUACCAGGUCUGGCGGUGUUGUCCUACCAGACUACAUCCGCGGAUUGCCGCCACGUCUGCAGAAAGAGGACAUCGACUAUUUGUCCAUGAAAGGAGCUUUGACUGUCCCCGACGUGGGACUACGCAAUGAAUUGCUGAAAAGCUACAUCCACUACGUCCACACCUAUAUGCCCCUCCUUGACCUAGAAGACUUCCUGCAGACGAUCGUUCAAAACGAUGGCAUCCGCCGUAUGAGCCUAUUGUUAUUCCAAGCCGUGAUGUUCGCCGGCACAGCUUUUAUCGACUUGAAGCAUCUCCACGCGGCCGGCUACCCCACCAGAAAGGCAGCUCGUAAAGCUUUCUUUCAGCGCGCACGACUUCUCUAUGAUUUCGACUACGAAGUUGACCGAAUCUCUCUCGUCCAAUCAUUACUCCUAAUGACCUACUGGUAUGAGACGCCUGAUGACCAGAAGGAUACCUGGCAUUGGAUGGGUGUGAGCUUGUCCCUCGCACAUACCAUUGGCCUGCAUCGUGACCCCGGCAACUCCCGUAUGGAUGUCCGGCGCCAACGGAUGUGGAAACGGAUUUGGUGGAGCACAUAUACGCGUGAUCGUCUGAUCGCCUUGGGAAUGAGACGUCCCAUGCGCGUGAAGGACGAUGACUGUGAUGUUCCGAUGCUGACUCUUGACGAUUUCGAGUUUCAUCCCUUCUCGCCGGAAAUUGUGAGCAUGGUAGGCAACUCAGAGAUUCUUCAGAGCGUGAGCCAUCAGAGAGAGCUGGCUUUGAUGUUCAUUGAGAAGGCCAAACUUUGUCUCUGUGUGAGCCAUGUUCUGUCGGCUCAAUAUUCGGUUCUAAGCCACAAAUUUGGUGGAACGAUGGAAACCACCAUGAUGUUGGUACCCAAGAAAUCAGCAGCGGAGACCUUCGAGGUUCGUCGUUGUGAUCAGGAGUUGGAAGACUGGCUGGCCCACCUUCCGACAGAGAUACGCUACGCCCCCGCAGCGCCCUCCAAGUUAAAUGAGGCGCAGGAAGUUCUUCACUCUCAUCGUGCACUCCUGAAGAUGGUUUAUUUGACCACAUCCAGCGCUCUCCAUCGCCCUCAGGUCCUACCUGCGAUCCCAUUCCCUUCGAUGGACGCCGAACUACAGGAGAUUUCCAGGAAUAAGGUGCGGUUUGCUGCGAUCGAAAUUACAAAUAUUGCCCAGGAUCUACACAGCCUAGACCUGACCCGCUAUUUCCCUACAACUGGCGUUACGGUCCUACUUCCCGCUGUGAUUAUUCAUCUCCUCGACAUCAAGUCUAGUGACCACAACGUUCGGAUGACCAGCCUUCACCGGUUCUACCAGUGCAUGCGCAUAUUACAACGUCUGAGAGAAAUCUAUGCAUCGGCAGACUUCGCUACGUCGUUCUUGGAGGCUGCCAUUCGCAAGGCCGGUAUUCAGCUUACAGUAGCGCCGCAAGAUGUACAGGCACGGACGAACAGCAUAGUUGACACCUCAGCACGCGUCAACACUUUGACCCCACCCCCCGACUCUCUCGCGCAGAAGAUCCCUGACUUGACGUAUCCGAAAUCCGAUGGCGCAAGACGUGCCAGCCAGCUUCCCAAGGAAAGCGGUCCUGAGUUCGCAUCAACGCCCCCUCCCUCCGACGGUAGCGAGAAUGGGAGCACCAGCAACAUCAACCCCAGUUAUCACCAGGAUGCCUUCACCAUUCCCAACUUCGAUUCGGAGCUGAGCAUCAGUGAGCUCAUGGAUCUGGCGAAUGAUGCGGAAGUAACCCAGAACGACUUCGAUGCCUUGAUCAACUUUGACGAUGCCGGUGCGGACUUCCUUGCCCCCGAUGAUGGCUUGAAUACCGGGAAUGGUAAUGGGAAGAACUAUGGCUUUGGCUUGGGUACCAUGAACAAUCUGUCCGACAUCAUGGGUUUCGAUACUGAGAAACAAGGCGUUGGUCUGGCCGGCUUGGGAGACGGACAGCUUGCCGACGAUCGCGCUGCGGCAUCACGCAACGAUAUGAACAGUUUCGCAGCCGACCUCGAUGCGGAACUCGGCCUGAGUCUUUAA